AUGACAAGAGCUAUGGCCAAGGAAGGAGAGCCCAACGGGGCCAUGGCAGCUCCUGAAGAGAUAAAAAAGGAGGAAAUGGAAGAGAGAGGCCAGUGGAGUAGUAAAAUGGAGUUUGUGCUGUCUGUGGCUGGGGAGAUCAUCGGUCUGGGAAACGUGUGGAGGUUCCCAUACCUCUGCUACAAGAACGGCGGUGGAGCCUUCCUCAUCCCUUACCUCAUAUUCCUCUUCACCUGCGGGAUCCCCCUGUUCUUCCUGGAGACAGCACUGGGACAGUACACCAGCCAGGGAGGGGUCACUGCCUGGAGGAAGAUCUGUCCCAUCUUUGAAGGAAUUGGAUACGCCUCACAAGUCAUCGAGUGCUAUCUGAAUAUCUACUACAUCAUCAUCCUGUCCUGGGCACUCUUCUACCUGUUCAGCUCCUUCACCGCAGUGCUACCAUGGGCCAGCUGCAAUAACCCCUGGAACUCAGAUCUCUGUGUGGACAUUCUGAAUAGCUCCAGCUUGGACAACAGGACCUUGCCUGCGAACGCCACCUCCCCAAUGAUUGAGUUUUGGGAGAAGCGAGUCCUGGGGCUCACGGAUGGUAUUCACAAACUGGGCACUGUGCGCUGGGAGCUGGCUCUGUGUCUCCUGCUGGCGUGGAUCAUCUGCUACUUCUGCAUCUGGAAAGGGGUCAAGUCCACAGGCAAAGUCGUUUACUUCACUGCCACCUUCCCAUACGUGAUGCUUAUCAUCCUGCUGGUGCGAGGAGUCACGCUGCCCGGUGCUGCCGAGGGGAUCAUCUUCUACCUGAAGCCGGACAUUUCCAGGCUGGCAGACCCGCAGGUCUGGAUGGAUGCAGGCACUCAGAUCCUCUUCUCUUAUGCCAUUUGCCAGGGGUGCCUGACAGCUCUGGGCAGCUACAACAAAUAUACCAACAACUGUUACAGGGACUGCAUCAUGCUCUGCUUCCUGAACAGUGCCACCAGCUUCGUUGCUGGCUUUGCCAUAUUCUCUGUGCUGGGCUUCAUGGCUCAAGAGCAGGGUGUACCCAUAGCAGAAGUGGCCGAAUCAGGUCCUGGCCUGGCUUUCAUAGCGUAUCCAACGGCAGUGACGAUGAUGCCCGUGUCUCAGCUCUGGUCCUGCCUCUUCUUCCUCAUGCUGAUCUUCUUGGGACUGGACAGCCAGUUCGUCUGUGUGGAAAGCAUGGUGACAGCUCUUAUUGACAUGUUCCCGGGAGUGUUUCGGAAGAAAGGGCGUCGGGAGCUGCUGAUCCUGGCCAUUGCAGUCAUAUGCUACCUUCUGGGCUUAUUGCUGGUCACUGAGGGUGGGAUGUACAUCUUCCAGCUCUUUGACUACUAUGCUGCCAGCGGCACGUGCCUGCUCUUCCUGGCCAUUUUUGAAGUCAUCUGUAUAGGAUGGGUGUAUGGUGCCAACCGCUUCUACGACAACAUUGAGGACAUGAUUGGUUUCCGGCCAUGGCCCUUGAUCAAGAUAUGCUGGCUGGGGUUCACCCCCAGCCUGUGCUUGGCCGUCUUCCUGUUUUCCCUGAUCAAGUACACACCCUUGAAAUACAACAACACUUAUGUGUACCCACCCUGGGGCUACGUGGUGGGCUGGCUGAUGGCACUCUCCUCCAUGGUCUGCAUUCCUCUCUACGCCAUCAUCAUCCUCCUGAAAACCAAAGGAUCCCUGAAGCAGCGGCUGAUGCAGCUGAUUUCCCCGGCGGAGGAUCUGCCACAGCCCAAGAAGCACAUGGCAGGCCCGUCCGAACUGAAGCGCAAGGGAUGGUCCCCUCCGGUUCAGGAGGUGCUCAGCAUCACAGAGAGAGAAACCCACUUCUAA